AUGGAGAAGGAUCGCCUGCUGGGGGGGCGCUAUAGGCUGGGGAGGAAGCUGGGGUCGGGCUCGUUCGGGGACAUCUACUUGGGGAUUAACGUAGAGACCAAGGAGGAGGUCGGGAUUAAAAUUGAAUCUGCCAAAACCAGGCAGCCCCAGCUGCUGUACGAGUCCAAGUUGUACAAGAUAUUGAAGGGUGGAGUGGGGAUCCCCAAUGUGCGAACUUUCGGUGUGGACGGCGGCAACAACUAUUUGGUCAUGGACCUGCUGGGCCCGAGCAUGGAGGACCUGUUCAAUUUCUGUGGCCGGAGGUUCAGCCUGAAGACUGUCCUGAUGUUGGCUGAUCAGAUGCUGAACCGCGUUGAGUACCUGCACUCGAAGAGCUUCGUCCACCGGGACAUCAAGCCUGACAACUUCCUGAUGGGCCUGGGCAAGAGUGCCAACCAGGUGCAUCUCAUCGACUUUGGCUUGGCGAAGAAAUACCGGGACCCACGUACCUUUGAGCAUGUUCCCUACUAUGACAAGAGGAGCCUCACAGGGACUGCCAGGUACGCCUCCAUCUGGGCGCACAAGGGCAGCGAGCAGAGCCGGCGCGACGACUUGGAGGCCCUGGGGUAUGUGCUGAUGUAUUUUCUGAGGGGCUCCCUGCCAUGGCAAGGCCUGCGGGCAAACACAAAGAAGCAGAAGUAUGAGAAGAUUUGUGAGACCAAGGAGAAGGUCCGGCUGGAGGACCUUUGUCGUGGCUGGCCACAGGAGUUCAUCAACUACUUCAAGUAUGUCAGGAGCCUGAAGUACGGUGACAAGCCUGACUAUGCGGGGCUGAGGAAGCGGUUUCAGGUCUUGUUUCGCAGGCAAGGGCUGUCAUGGGAUUAUAAGUUCGACUGGAUCCAACAGAAGAAAACCAGACAGAGUGGAGAAAAUCUGUCCACAGGCUCUAAAGGCCGGCUGCGAGACAUGGGCACCAGGCUUGCCCCUUUGUUGACAUCAGGGCAAUCAGAGCGAAAGCCAAGGAAGAACAGGUGCAAGGACAAGGACAAGGAGCUCAGUCGAAAGCUGUCAGGUGCCAGGCGCUUAUUGGCCCUUUUUUCCUGGAGCUGA